AUGGCCGCCACCUUCAGAGACCUGGACGAGCUGACGACGACCGGAGCCUCCGAGCUGACGGUGAACGCCAACAACCUCCGCGUGUCCGGCGUCGAAGCGUCCUGCCGCCUGGCGCGUGACGACCUGCACCAAAUGUCCACCUACAAGGAUGACAUCAUCGACGUGGGACGAGCGCUCCACCUCCACCCCGCCCUGAUCGCUGCCAUCAUCUCCAAACAGUCCCGGGCCGGAACCGCCCUGAAGGAAAGCGGCUUUGGACUGUACGCCGACUGCUUCGGGCUCAUGCAGAUCAGUAAGAGGUUCCACGUGGGGAAGGGAGAACCUUUCAGCAGGGACCACAUCGACGAGGGAACCACGUACCUGAUCCACCUCAUCAAGACCAUGAAGAACCGGGAGGAGACCUGGACCCGGGAGCAGCACCUCAAAGGAGCGCUGGUCGGGUACAUGAUCGGGAUCGAAGGCGUUCCUCGAGACCAUCCUGACAGCUUGGACAGCCUCACACCAACGAAGGACUUCGCCAACGAUGUCAUCGCCAGAGCCAAAGUUUUUGCCGGCGAAGGCUACGUUUGA